AUGGAGUAUCACCACAGCUUAGGCGACCAAAUCAACGCCUCAUUCAAUUGGCUGGCUCGUUUGAGACAGCUUGCUCCUUUGAGCUUGACAUAUCCCUGUUCAGUUCCUUGUGCCAGAUCCAUUAAAGCUGGUGAUGCUGACUUGAAAUGCGAGGAAGGUGCAGUGCAGGUCAAAAGAUUGGCAUUAGCAGAAACCUUUUGGCUUAACUGUGGAAUACUUGCACUUGAUGAACAAACCACCAAUUUAGAUGUUCCAAAUGCCGAAAGUCUUGCUGUUGCUCUCGUAAGCUAUCAUUGCAACCUUCAACAGUAGUUUUGGAUCGACACUUUCUAGCAGAAGAUAUCGUGUACGUGUUUUUGUGCUGCUAUUGUGGAUUCGGGAACAUCCUUGCUUACUGGUCCAACUGUAUGUAUCUCACGUGAAUCUUCUGUUAGAACUAUUAAUCUCAAGG